AACCAUUUAAAAACAGAAUGAGAGUGUUUUGUGCUCACUUCUUUAGUUUUCUCCACACUUCUUCAAUCAUCAAACUCCAGUCUUCCUUCUCCUUCUGAUGUUUUUUCCUCAGUUAUUUAAUCAGCAUUCUCCAGUGAGUGGGCAAAGCCAAGGGGCAAUUACCAUCAGUCUAGUCUCUUAUUUUGGACUGCACACCUAUAACCACGAGAACAAGUGUAAACGCAGAAAGCUCGGCAGGACAACUCAGGAACCAGGCCUGUCCCAACUUGACACAGGAAAAGGAGAGUUCCGCCUUGAAUUAUUGAGGCCUCGAUUCGGUGCCACCUUGGGACUUGAGCUACUGGUUUGCUUCCGUGAAGAAUCAAGUUGCUGUUAACUGGCAUAUUUAGAGACUGAAUUUUACAUUCUCUCCCUUAGAGAGAAGCCCUUUUCAGAGAGCCUCAUCCUUGAGAGUGCUAACAGUACAAUUUGCAGUUGAGUCUUACAACAUUUCAAUAAAAAAAGGCAUUGCAGAAACCAAGCAAUCCUAAGGCCACUGACAGCUGAGUGCUAUUUGAAGAACUGAAGAUUCAAGCUUGCGAGCAAUGUACCCACAUUAGAGAAGAAUAUUUGUGUUUUCAUUAACUUUUAAUUUUCCAGAAUCCUUCAAGUGAGACAUUUUGUCAACUAAAUGACAAAAAAAGAAAUGCAUUAAAAGAAAGGUUAACUAAGACCCACCUAAUUUAUUUUCGACUAAACAUUUUUGCCAGCUGUCCUACUUGCAUUUCCAUCAUUUUAUAAAUGGGCCAAAAACUUGCUACCAACAUGCAACGGCAUCUGAAUGAAACCUUUUCUACCUCAUUGUGUUCCCUCCUUUCACCAGUCCCCAAAUCAUUUUUUUCUAAGAUCCAGCCAACCCAGGAAGACUCUCACAUCUGCACAUCCAGCCUACCGGCUCCUGAGCGUCUUCAGGAGUUGAUGGCCAUGCCCUCUAUUGCACCAGAGCAACAGGUAGAACAUGGCUGGAACCCAAAGGAUGCGUCUCCAUCCAUCGUGGUUUCCCAAUCACACCUGACCUUUUCUCGCCGCCCCACACCUCAAACAACUGAUGGGAUAAGAAGCAAAAUGGGCUACAGUUCUGGGAUUCAUAUAUGGGAGAUUACCUGGCCGGCAAUGAAGCGAGGAACACAUGCUGUGGUUGGUGUCGCCACCAAAAACAUGCCACUCCAGGCAGAGGGUUACCAAGCACUGCUCGGAAGUGAUCAACACUCCUGGGGCCUGGACCUGGACCGAGGAUUGCUGUAUCAUAACACAUCAAAUAUAUGUUCACCUGCGUCAAGGCGCUACCCCACAGAUGAAAGGCCGGGAUCCCAGGAGGCAAGUUUGGUGCCAUUCCCGGACUGUUUCCUAAUGGUACUAGAUUUUGAUGCUGGAACUCUGGGCUAUGCCCUUAAGAAUGGCAGAUAUCUUGGAGUGGCCUUCCAGGGUUUAAAGGGGAUGACUCUCUAUCCCUCUGUGAGUGCCGUCUGGGGCAACUGUGAGGUCAGCCUCCGGUAUCGCAAUGGCUUACAACCCCAGCCGAGCUCCCUCCAGCAGCUCUGCCGUCUUUCUGUUAGAAGUGCUCUCGGACCGAGCAGGUUGGAUGGAGUAAGCGCUUUGCCUCUUCCCCUGGCAAUGAAGAAAUAUGUCCUUUACCAGUGACUUCAGCAAGCAAAGACUUGUUGUAAUGGAAUGCGAUUGACUUCCAGCAACCAUUCAGCACCCUGUGUAGCAAUAUGAAGAUCAACCAUCCUUUUCACCGGCCCAGGAAGGCCUUCCAUUGCUGAUUGCACAGAUCAGUUGGGUGAAGUCAAGAAGCUCAGAGAUUAUUCUUUCAAAGGCUGCAAAUGUUGUGUCAGAUGGUAGUACUAAUGUGCAAAGAAAGCAUUCUAUAAAAGUUGGAGGUGACAACCAUAUUUUUCAUUGUGUAUGGCAGCAGUUUCUGUUCCCUUAGCAGAGUGUAUGUGCAAAUGAGCCAGAAUAGGCCUUAAAAACAUAACACCAGUGUUCAAGAAAUGAUGUCCAACUGAGCCAACAGCAGACUGACUGCGUGCCACUGUGUAUUGUGGGCAGCAUCCUGCAGAAAUGUUAGUAAUGUACUGCAUAUGAGAUGUACAGUAUCAUGUUGUACUAUUGCUGUGAGAGAGUUUAUGGUUUAGCUGACCUAAAAGUCCUAAUUAUCUGUACAGAAACCUGUCUUUUUUAUUUGUAAAUAAAUAAAUAAGUACCUACAUAAAUAAAAUGUGAAUUUUUAAUCAAA